AUGGCGAAUCUUCAAGACAUUCUAACGGCAGCAGCUAUUAACCUCCUGACUGCAUUUGGUUUCCUUGUGGCGUUUGCUUUGCUGAGGCUUCAGCCCUUCAACGACAGAGUCUACUUCCCGAAAUGGUACCUGAAAGGGAUCAGAGGGAGCCCCACGAGCUCCGGUACCGUGGUCAAGAAGUUUGUCAACUUAGAUGCCAUGACCUACAUCAAGUUUCUGAAUUGGAUGCCUGCAGCACUGAGGAUGCCGGAGCCGGAGCUCAUUGAUCACGCCGGGCUAGAUUCUGCUGCGUAUAUUCGCAUAUAUACUCUCGGCUUGAAGAUAUUCUUUCCCAUUACUGUUGUUUCACUUGCGGUUUUGGUGCCUUUACAUUACACAAAUAACGAGCUGGAAAAAUCCAAAGUAGAAUUCAGCAAUAUCGACAAACUCUCGAUAUCCAAUGUUCCUAAUGCAUCUCUUAAGUUCAUUGCACAUCUCAUAUUGUCUUAUGUCUUCACAUUUUGGACGUGCUUUGUUUUAUACCAUGAGUACAAGACAAUGGCGACUAAAAGGCUACGAUUUUUAGCAUCCCAGACACGCCGUCCAGAUCAAUUUUCGGUUCUUGUGAGGAAUGUACCCCCAGAUCCUGAUGAAUCAGUCAGCGAGCAUGUCGAACACUUCUUUUGCGUAAACCAUCCCGAUCAUUAUCUUACUCAUCAGGUUGUAUACAAUGCAAAUAAACUUGCAAAGUUGGUUUCAAAGAAGAAGAGUAUGACGAAUAGGCUUGUGUACUACCAAAAUAAGUAUGAGAGACAUCCUCAGAAAUUAAGACCUACUACAAAGACAGGUUUCUUGGGUCUGUUGGGAGACAAAGUGGAUGCAAUAAAUUACUACACAACCGAAAUUGAGAAGACAAGUGAAGAAGAGAAAAAAGAAAGAGAAAGAGUUGCAAGUGAUCCACAAGCCAUAAUGCCAGCAGCAUUUGUUUCAUUCAAAUCACGAUGGGGAGCAGCUGUAUGUGCUCAAACUCAGCAAUCAAGUAAUGCUACCAUCUGGUUGACAGAGUGGGCUCCCGAACCACGGGAUGUAUAUUGGAGAAAUCUUGCGAUUCCAUAUGUUGAACUCAAUGUGAGAAAGCUGCUUAUGGGUGUUGCUUUCUUUCUUCUCACUUUCUUUUUUAUGAUUCCAAUAGCAUUUGUCCAAUCUCUAGCCAACAUUGAGAAGAUUGAGAAGGCCCUUCCUUUCUUGAAGCCAGUAAUAGAAAUGAACAAAGUUAAGUCUGUUAUCCAAGGAUUUCUUCCAGGAAUUGCAUUGAAGAUAUUCCUUGCUGUACUUCCUAUGAUUAUAAUGUUUAUGUCAAAGAUAGAGGGUUAUACAUCACUCUCAUCUCUGGAUAGGCGAUCUGCUGCGAAGUAUCACUUGUUCAUACUUAUCAAUGUGUUUCUGGGAAGUAUUGUUGCAGGAACAGCAAUGGAACAGCUUGAGAAAUUUACAAACCUGGCCCAAAAAGAAUACUUGGAAACUAUUGGAAGAGCCAUGCCAUUGAAAGGCACAUUCUUCAUCACUUAUACAAUGGUUGAUGGCUGGAGUGGAAUUGCUGCAGAAAUCAUCAGAUUGGUUCCGCUAGUUCUAUUCCACCUGAAAAACGCAUUCUUGGUUAAGACAGCACAAGAUAGGGAAGAAGCAAUGGAUCCUGGUUCCUUAAACUUUGCUACAAACGAACCUAGAAUACAGUUCUAUUUGUUGCUGGGGCUUGUAUAUUCUGUUGUCACACCUAUACUUCUUCCAUUUAUUCUUAUCUUCUUUGCUUUCGCCUAUGUGGUUUUUCGUCACCAGAUUAUUAAUGUCUAUAAUCAGAAAUAUGAAAGCGGAGCAGCCUUCUGGCCUUAUGUGCAUAUGCGCGUAAUUAUUGGCUUAAUCAUAUCCCAAGUCCUUGUAAUUGGACUAUUUAACACAUUACAUGUGAAGUAUUCAGCAUAUAUUCUUGUUCCACAACCUGUUUUGACAUUCUGGUUCCAUAGAGUCUGCAAGGGUCGUUUCGAGCCAGCAUUCGUGACCUUUCCUUUACAGGAUGCAAUGGUGAAGGAUACAGUUGAAAAAGCUACAGAACCAACCCUGAAUUUGAUGGCCUAUCUCAAGGAUGCUUAUGUACACCCUAAUUUCAAGGGAGGGGAACUCCACAAAGCCGAGGCCAUUGACGAAGAAGAGAGCAGUCCUCUUGUUCCUACGAAGAGGACAUCUCAAAUGGGUAGUAAACACGAGUCUGAAGGAUCUGAAGGACCAUUUUCGAAAUCUUAG